GCCGGUAUAUCUACUGAACAGGCAGACUCUACUAUUGGCUGCCUCUACUGAAAGUCCGUCUGACGACAGGCUCUUCUACUUAUUGCCUUCGACGAAUUUGCCUACGAGUUAUUUUUUGCUUCUGACUUUCCCAUUCAUAUAAAAAUCAAGCAACGAAUAUUGAACUGAGGGGAUACGAGACGAGGAUACAAAAGGGAAUAAUGGUUUCGUCCGCGAUUUUCGGUGCGGCCGCUGGCACAGGAUUAGCCCUAGUGGUGGCAAUGACAAUCGUGAUUUAUCGUUAUUACGCCAUGAAGCGGAAAAGAAAGUGGAAUUGGAGCAAUCUGGAUCGCUGGCCGGAUCCGCCAGGCGUCAGAAAUAACAACGACGAGCGUCAGCCUUAUCAUCACUAUCACGCAGCAACGGCAUCGCACGUGCUCGACUGCUGGCGGAAGCCGCAAAACAGUUACUACGCUGUGCAGACCGUGGAAUUUAACAUUGCAAAGGAGCAACAUGCGGUACAACCAUCUACGACUGAAUCGAGCUUACCUCAUCAAAGUCGCAGCUAUCCGGGCGGUGGCGGUCGUACAUUGGCGAGAAAUUCAUCCGUCAGCUCGCAGAGCUCGGUCGAGGGUGCGCCCUGCUCUUCGAGUCAUCGUGGAUCGUCGCCUCAGAUCAGAGCUUUCGGCCCGGAUGGACGGCAUCAUGCUCGACACGAUCCCUUGCACGCCGCCUCCUCGUAUCCACCUAGCAGAAACUCGAGAUCUCCGUCGCCAGCCCGGGUGGCGUCCUUGGAUGCACGUUGUGCAAGUCCUGCCAGUAACUCGGGCAGCUUACAUAGCGGAAAUGCGUCGCCUUCGCAGACUUCUUUGUCAUCCGUAGCAACAGGCAUAAGUUCUACUUGCGGGUGUUCGCCGGUGAAUGUUAUUCAAAGUACUUCCAGACACACCACCGGUCGUUGCUUAUCGCCCCUCCUCAUUCCACCACCACGUGCUUCCAUAAGUAGCGACGGUGGCCCCAUACCACCUGCUUCUCCGCUCGGUUCUUUACAACCGGAUCUCUAUCAAAAACGAGACGGUCCUGUCUUUCUCAGUGCUCGCAGGACAGGGAAGCAAUUGGGCAGGCUUCAUUUGCGCUUGAGAUAUGACUUCGAUAAAUCGGACUUGGACGUGCAUUUGAUCGAGGCACACGAUCUAGCCGGUAGCGAUCAGGGUGGCUUCAAUGAUCCCUACGUAAAGUUGAGCCUCAGUCCAGAAGUGGACAAUAGGAAAAGGCAGACGCAGAUCCACCGAAACGAUCCGAAUCCGUUUUUCGAUCAGCACUUCAAGUUUCCCGUCAGUUACGAAGAACUGCAGGAGAAAACUCUAGUUUUGCAGGUAUUCGAUUAUGAUCGCUUCUCGAGAAACGACGUGGUGGGUUCACUGAGAGUAGCAAUGAACAGCCUCGAACUCGUUUCCUCUACUUCCUCGGUGGAAGUUUUUGGUGAAAUAACAAGAGAACGCAAACCGCCAGAAGAAAUUCAAGAAGUCUUGGUUUCAUUGUCUUACUUACCGAGCGCUGAGAGGCUCACGGUGCUCAUAAUGAAAGCAAGAAAUCUGUUUCCCCCGCAGGAUAAGGAGACGUUGGAUCCGUUUGCGAAAGUCAGCCUACUUUGCGGCGAAAGGCGAGUGAGGAAGAAGAAAAAAACAGCUGUUAGAAGAGCGACAUUAAAUCCCGUUUGGAACGAAGCGAUGUCAUUUAACAUACCCGCCUCGUCAUUAGCAUCGUCAGCUAUAGAAAUAUGCGUGCUGGACUCGAGCAGCGAGUUGAUGAGCGGAAAUGCUAUCGUCGGAUCCUGCAUCAUUGGUCCGGCUACAGGCACGGACAGCGGUAACAGCCAGGGACGAGAACACUGGCUUCAGAUGACACAAUCGCCGAGGAAGCAGAUCGCGGAGUGGCACAUACUACAUUAAUCGGACCCGAUCGAGGGCCGUUUAAUCGUCCUCAACGUAAUUUGCGCGUCCUCGCUUUCUCGAGGAACAUACAAUCUAUCAUCGUAACGGAUAGUCGAAUAGUAUAUCACGAAUAUUACAUCUACGUAUACGUAGCGAUAUUACAUGUAAAAUGGCAAAAAAUGACGUGUCCUAUCCCUUUCGAAAAAAAAAAGAAAGAAAAAAAAGACGAUGAUCUCUAUCAAAAAAUCGUAUUCUUCUGCACUUUUAUAGGUAUAUUAAUAAACGUUAACGAUUUGUGACAUAUCGUUUGGAAAGUUGAUGCAAAAGAAGAAAAAAUGAAAAAUAGUAAAAAGAAAAAUAAUCGUGAAUAUUCUCUUCGUAUAUCUGUGCACUAACUGAUCUAGACACAUGCACUCACAUUUCUGUUCAUUGCACGAUACUUGACGCUAUAUGCGCGAGAUCAAAUUAUAUAUUUCUUAAUUAUUUGGAGAUGCCUCACCGAGAUUUAGACAUAUUUUUAAAAUAAUAUCGCGCUGAGAUAUUUACACGGAUUCCUCUCCCCGAAGCGAAGCUGUAACGAAGGGAAACGUGAUCCAAGCUGUGAAGCAAAAGCGGAGACCGAUCUCGCGCGUUUCGCUUAACAGAUCAAUAAUUAAACGUACAAACUAAUAUUUUAAGAUUAAAAAAUUGUCUCGAAGAGACAAUUCUUAUCAAUUUCUCCGAGUACGCUGAUCGAAAAUCCGUUCUACCCUCGGUGAAAAAAGCUAUUUUCUCUCAGGUUUAUUCAGUAUAUACAUAUAUUUCUCUUAUAUAAUUAUGCUUCUUCGCGAGAGAAAGAGAGAGAGAGAAAGAGAAAAAAAAGAUCACGAUAUAUAUCAAGAAGAGCCUAAGUCUGUCAUUGUCUAUGACAAAUGUGGCCUGGAAGAGCAUUCAAAGUGCGCCAUGCCUAUAUAGCUUUUGCAGACUAAUCGAAAAGACCUAACAAUAUCUCCGUGAGCGAGUAUAUUAAUCGCGAAAAUUGAUUGUCGUUAUCGCUGUGUAUUAUCGAAUGUAUAAUUCAUGUGCUAAAUAAAACGGAACAUGAUGCGUGUAAAGAGAAAUCGAGUGACAUGUUCAUUCAUUCGUUUUAAUACGUCGAACACGAUAAUAAGAUAAUUGGCAAAAUGAAAUUUGUUUAUUAUACUUUCAACGAGAUAUCCUCCGACAAAAAAAUUUCUAUAUAAAUUUAUUUCUUCUACCAU